UAUUUCUCUCACUCAUUCAUUUAAUUUCUGACACUUGCACUUCAAUUGCUUUCUACUGUACAUCACUUUGAAGUAAUACAUCAUCUUAAUUUCUUCCCCUUCUUUAAUUUCACUCCAACCAUUUUAUUCACCAUUUCAAUAAAUUUCAGCUACUUUAUAAAACCCCAUACAAACCCUAAUUCCCAGUUCCAACUCAAAAACCAUGGCAGCAGCACCAUUUUUUCUCUCGUUUCUACUCAUCUUCACUCUCUUCUCCGCCUCUCUCGCUUACGAUCCCGACAUGCUUCAAGAUCUUUGCGUUGCCAAUAUAUCUUCAGGAGUUAGAUUGAACGGCUUCCCCUGCAAGGAGGAGUCAAACAUAACGGCGGAGGAUUUCUUCUACGACGGCAUAUCCAGGCGGGCUUUCGUGAAUAACUCAGUCGGAUCAGUCGUCAGAGGAGCAAACGUGGAGAAAAUCCCCGGCCUGAACACAAUGGGAGUAUCUCUAUCUCGCAUUGAUUUCGACCGCGACGGCCUUAACCCCCCGCACACACAUCCACGCGCCACCGAGAUGAUCUUCGUCCUGUACGGAGAAUUAGACGUGGGAUUCAUCACCACCGAGAAUACGCUGUACGCUACAAGGAUUAAGAGAGGGGAAGUUUUUGUGUUCCCGAGAGGUUUAGUUCAUUUUCAGAAGAACAAUGGCGACAGGAUCGCUUCUGUAAUUUCAGCAUUUAACAGUCAAUUGCCGGAUUUGGAGAAAGAGAAGUGUGGGAGUGACAUAAUGGUGACAGAAACGACAGAACAAUGUGGAAGAUGUAACGACGGCGGAGGCAGAAUAAUGAUGAGGCAAAAGAAUGACGACGAUAGAAUAAUGGUGAAUGCAGAAUAAUGGUGGUGGUAGAACGAUGGUGAAGAUGGAAUAACGAUAUUAGCUUCUGACGUAGUUUAUUGUAAUGAUCUAAUUUGAAUUUGUUGCUAUAAAACAUGUAAGAAGGCUUCUCUUUUUCUUGGCAA